CAACGGCGCCGUCGGCGGAGCGAGGAGUCCAAGCCUGGCGGCAAGAUGAUGCUCUCCCGGGCCAAGCCGGCCGUGGCGGAUACUCCGCCGCCGUUAGACAGGCGGAGGAAGAAAGGGAAGAAGGUGCCGCAGCUGGAAGAACUCCUGGCCCUGAGGGACUUCACCGGCGCGAUCGCCUUGUUGGAGUUUAAACGGCAAGUGGGUGAGCAGGAGAAGGAUACUGACCUUUGGAUGGGAUACUGUGCCUUUCAUUUGGGUGACUACAAGAGAGCACUGGAGGAAUAUGAGGCCUUAACCAAGCAACCAGCUUGCAAUCCAGAUGUUUGGGUGAACCUUGCCUGCACGUAUUUCUUUCUAGGAAUGUAUACACAAGCUGAACAAGCAGCCUUGAAAGGAAUAAAGGAAGGACACAUUUGAACAAAGUUGGUUUUUUGUUUUGUUUAGUUUUUUUCCAUUUAACAGGAGACUUAUAUUGCAGUUUGGUUCCUAAAAAUACCGUGGGCAGGUGGAGCAGCUGGAACUGAGAAGAAGCAUCUGGAAAAUAAAUUAUCUUAUUAAUUUCUAAAUACAAAACCUAGCAUGUGCUGACCAGCAGCAAUAAGUUAUUUUUCUUUUGGCUAAUUUCAUGUCUCUGAGCCAGUGCAGAUGAAGCUAAUUAGGCAAGUGAAAUUAGCACAAAAUACACAGCUGAGAGAGUUCAGUGUUAUCCCUGUUGUGGACAAGAGCUCUGUUUACAUAGUUUGAGUGACUUAGUAGGUGGUCUGGUCGCCUCGUAAGUCAGAUAUUGGGUAUCUGAUUCUUCAAGGUGUGGAGUUCACUGCAGUCACAUUGUUACAGUUCUACUUUAAUCUGAAUGGGAUUAUUUUAAAGAAGAGGAAUGAAAAUUAGAUUCCAAGGCAGUUUUUACUGCCUAAAAAUGUUUCUGCAGUUUAAUUGUUACCCAUCACUUUCUGUUUAUCUUUGUGAUGUAUAUUGUCUCCCAUAGCCAUAAGUAUCUUGGUGCUUUCUAAAUAGAAUUAAUAGUAAUAAUAUCUCAUUCAGCUUCUGACUCUUGCCUUUUUAGGAUGAAACUCUUACAGAUUUUCUCUUUUCUUUCGUUCUUUCUUUAGUCUUCUAGUCUUGGGCUGAAAAUAGGGUAGGGAGGAAAAUAAGUGUACUUUCUGCUACUGUGGAGGAGUACCUUCAAAAAGGACAGUUUUGUAGUAUUCCUUUAAAUCCUCUGGAAGACCAUGCUGUUUGGAAACAAAACACUGGAAUGUUUUGUUUGUAACUAUAAAAAUUCAUGCAGAGCUUUGUGAUCCAGAUUCUUCAAGAGGUGUGUAAAAUUCUAAUAUUCACAAAUGAUUUUAUUUUUAAUGUACCACAAAUUUGAUCUUUGGAGAUUACAAUCUAGGACUUGAACUGGAAUCUGAAAGUACUUGGGCAAUAGAGCUUGAGGUGUCAGUGUGACCUGCACCUUGGGGGAAGCAAGCAGCUGCACCCUGUACCUCUUGGAGUCAUUGUCAUCAGCUUCACAUCAUGUGAAUUACAGUAAUCUAUUUUAGAGGUGACAGAUACACAGCUGGGCAUGCACCUUUAUUAACUGUGAGUUAGAGGUGAGGGAAGUUAAAUUCUUUCAUGAUCCUUCAGAUUAGUUCAUGGUGAGUGGUAGGGUGAGGGGUGCGGUUAGUGGUACUUGAGUGCUGGAGGCAAGGGCAGGAAUAUUAAGAACAGAGUGUAAGAUGUAGGGAGUGUAGCUGAGGGAGGGAACAGACAAUAACUGAGUGCUCAUGCUAGUAGUAUCAGUUCCUGAAUUUAUGUAAUAGUUUAAGGACAGCAUGCCAGUUUUUUUAAUGAGGUGCUAAGACUUUCUUGUGAGUACUGUAACACUGAUGUUUUCUGGCUACUUAAGCUUGGUGAGGAGGCAGUCACAGCUGAAGAUUUGUAGCACUUGUCAUUUCUCCAUUGAAGGCUUCCAAGUGUUGUAUAUUCCCCUUUCCACUCCCAUUGCUUCAGUCUUUCUACAUUGAGGUUGAAUGGGUUUCUUUUCACUCCAGACAGACAUAUCCUCUUCUAGGUUUUCUUUGACAUCUCAGGAUUGCAUCAGUGAUGGCUGUUUGCAAUAUAUUAUUGACAGCUCAGGCCAUAACAUCUUGUGACGUCUUCCAUGAUUUUGCAAAGAUCCUAAAGAAGCAAAAUAUUUCAUUGGAUAUAGACACAACAGAUGAAGUCUCUAGAAGAACACCAUUUAUCCAGUACUGCCUUGAAUACUGUUGAAAAAAUGAUAGUGUUAGUGUUGGGCUGCUUAUCUUUGUUAUUUUGGGAUUAUUUUGCCUGAAUUCUGUUUGCUGUCUAUUGCUGCAGUUAUGUUAAGCUCCUGAAAGUAGCAUAGUGCUAAAGCAAAUGAGGGAGAAAUAAUUUAUUUUGGGCUAUAAUUCUAAAUUACUACAGUGGUGGAACCUCUGUGUGAAAGGGAACAUAAAUGUCAGCUAACUUUCUGGAAUAGAUCUUCUACACAAACAUGUAAAUAUCUAGAAAUCAAAUAGAAGUUCCUUCUUGCCAUGUACUGUUGCUGUUGCUUAAGAAAAUUAUUGUUAACUGUCUGAGGAGAAACAUGCAGGAUACUUAAAAAUUAGGAAAUUAUCAUUAAAAGCCAUGAGGUGAUUAUUGCAUUUCAUACGAGAUAUAUAGUCCACAAUCUCUUGUAGAGCAAGGUUUUGCAUUUGUUUUGUAAUGGAUGUGUUCUUUUAGCUUGUCAUUACUUAAUUAAAACUUCAUGGUACCUUCUCUUAGGAAAGUAUAAAUCUAUAUAUCAAAAGUCAUAUAAACCAGAAUUACUGCAAAUAUAACCUCAGAAGUAGAGCAAAAAGGCAAUAAAGAAAAAUCUUUCUUUGAAAGGUUUUCAUUACAGUUGUACUUUACCUCCUCUAGGCUUUCUUCCAAAUUCCUUUCAUAUAUUUCUGGCUUCUGCUUUUUCCCUGCUGUCCUCUUACAUUGCAGUUACUAAUGUUCCUGUAUCUGAGGUGGAGUUACUUCAAGGCAGCUACUGUUGUUUCACAGUCAUCCCAUAGUAAAGCUGCCAAGCCUAUACUGGAAGGAGCAAUAUUGUGCAAAAGCAGAACAGAAAUGGUGAAACUGUGGUUCUGAGGCACAGAGGGCUUCAUUCAGCUACUGUAUUCAGCACCUAAGAGUCGUCUUCAGAACCGUUUACUCUUUCACCUGGCACAUAAGUUCAGUGAUGAGAAGAAACUGAUGAGCUCUCACCAGAAUCUGCAAGACAUUACGGAAGAUCAGCUUAGCUUGGCAUCUAUCCACUACAUGCGGUCCCACUACCAAGAAGCUAUUGAUAUAUACAAACGCAUUCUUCUUGAUAAUCGGGAAUACCUGGCCCUGAAUGUAUAUGUGGCCCUAUGCUAUUACAAACUGGAUUACUAUGAUGUAUCACAGGAAGUGCUAGCUGUUUAUCUUCAGCAAGUUCCUGACAGCACCAUUGCUCUUAACCUUAAGGCUUGUAACCAUUUCCGCCUUUACAACGGGAAGGCUGCUGAGGCAGAGCUCAAGAACUUGACAGAGAGUGCUUCAUCAUCAUUUGAGUUUGGCAAGGAGCUCAUUAAGCACAAUCUGGUGGUGUUCCGAGGAGGAGAAGGAGCACUGCAGGUCCUGCCUCCUCUGGUUGAUGUUAUUCCUGAGGCAAGACUGAAUCUUGUGAUUUACUAUCUCCGGCAAGAUGAUGUGCAGGAGGCUUAUAACCUGAUUAAGGACCUGGAACCUACAGCUCCACAGGAGUACAUUCUCAAAGGAGUGGUAAAUGCAGCAGUUGGACAAGAAAUGGGCUUGAGAGAUCAUCUGAAAAUUGCUCAGCAGUUCUUCCAGUUGGUGGGUGAAUCAGCCAGCGAAUGUGAUACCAUUCCAGGAAGACAGUGCAUGUCCUCCUACUUCUUUCUUCUUAGACAGUUUGGUAAUGUCCUGAUUUACCUCAACUCAGUCAAGAGUUACUUCUACAAUGAUGACACUUUUAACUUCAACUAUGCGCAAGCCAAAGCUGCCACAGGAUGUUUUAAUGAGGCUGAAGAGGUGUUCCUUUUGAUCCAGAGUGAGAAGAUAAAGCGUGAUUUUGUUUACCUUAGCUGGCUAGCUCGCUGCUAUAUUGUGAAUAAGAAACCACAGUUGGCCUGGAAGCUCUAUCUGAAGAUGGAGACCUCAGGAGAUUCCUUUAGCCUAUUGCAGCUCAUUGCAAAUGACUGCUACAAAUUGCGUCAGUUUUACUAUUCAGCCAAAGCGUUUGAUGUUCUGGAGAGACUGGACAGCAAUCCUGAAUACUGGGAAGGCAAGAGAGGUGCUUGCGUGGGUGUCUUUCAAAUGAUCUUAGCUGGCCAAGAAGCAAAAGAGACUCUACGGGAAGUACUGCAUCUUCUGAAGAGCACUGGCAAUUCUCAAGUAGAAUACAUUGUCCGCAUCAUGAAAAAGUGGGCCAAGGAGAACAGAGUCCCUGUUUAAGUCAGUGCCACAGAAUGAACUGGGUCACUUACUAUUGUGUGUGUGGCUUCAAGAUGUGGGUCCUGGUUUCUCCUGUUCAUUCUGGGUAUCUCCUUCCCUGCAGAACUUUAGACGAUCAAGCAGAUUGACCCAGCUGAGCAACAGCAUAGUGGCAUGAGAUUACAAUACAUCCAGCAAGUUUGGUUUUGAAUUUUUUUUUGGUUGGUUGUUUGGUGGUAUGUUUUUUAAACUUUUAUUGGUACUUUUUCUGUUGCAUCACUCUCUUCCUCAUCCAAAGUUUCAGUUUUUUAGUAGCAAUCCCAACUGCCCAUAAGUGCUCCUCAGAUGUUCCCUAGAUUUCUCCACACAAGUCACUGGACUGCUUUGUGGGCUUUUUUUCCAGGAAGCCUUCUGGCCUCUGGAGAAGAAUCAUUUGUUAAAUGACUGAGACAAUCUAUUCAGUAACUGAUGGAAUGUGGCAUGUAGAGAGGAUGACAGUGACUACCAAAAGCCAGUCCUAGGAUAUCAGAUAAUACAUAAACAUUUCUGUAUAUUACCUGACUGGAGUAAAAUACAAACCAUAUUCUGAGCACUGUCCUUUUCCGGAUAAAUCUCAAUAACUAAUACUUUCAUUUCUUUGACUGACUGUAUUGUUCAAUCUUGCUUUGAGGUUUGACACUCAAAACACUUAUUCAUGUUUUAUAAUUCACGUGAGUGAUCCAUUUAGUUUAGCUAUCUGAUGGAUAAAAGAGCUGGAUGUUUUGAAUCAUUUUCUUCAGCAUUUACCACCCUCAUUAGCAAUAUAUUUAUUAUACUUUGGGAUUUAUUGUACUUUCCUGUUCUUUAAGGAGAACAGUUCAGGGAAUACAUAAUUCUAAGAGAAGGCAUCAGUUGUAAGAUAGAAAUGUGUUACACUUUUUGUAGUGUAAAACAUUUGUACAUUGUUUGUAAAAGGAAAAUUUACAUUUUGUAGAUUUGUAAAAUACUGAUGAAGUAUUUUUUUAUCUUUUUAGGAGAAACUCAGAAUACUGUAUUCCCUACUGUCUGUGCUUUGAUUAAAGCUCUGAACUGAAUGUA